AUGGCGAGAGGAGGCACUAAGCGGAAGAUUGAAAUCGAGAAGAUCACGAUCAAGAACUCACUCGCGACUUGUUACUCGAAACGGAGUUACGGUCUCUACAGCAAGGCUUCGCAGCUCUGUCUUCUCUCUGGUGCGCAGAUAGCUAUUUUGGCGACUCCUCCUUCUGCCAACUCAAACGUCUCUUUAUACUCUUACGGCCAUUCUUCCGUCGAUGGCAUCGUCUCCGCGUUUCUCUCGGGACAACGUCCUGUUCCUGUUCCAGAGGAGAGCAAACAGACGAGAGAGGACAUUGGAGUUUGUUUGGCUCGCAAGGAUCUCGGAUUAGGGUUUUGGUGGGAUAACAAGAGGCUUGAUAGAUCCCAGAAUCCUGUAGAAAUCAAGGAGGCGAUUGGGUCAAUUUUGAGUCUGUUAAGCGAUGCCAAGAGAUUGCGUUCGGAUCAAGCGAGCGAUGUUGUUUUACAGCAUGGAACUGAUCAAGAGGUUAAUCAAACCCUAAGCCUUCAGUCAACUUCGACAAUAUGUUGCAUUCCUGAUUACUUACAAAACACGGAUACAGAGGUGAAUCAAACCCUAAAUCUUCAGUCGAAUCUCACUGUUCCUGAUGGUUGUCUCAAUACAGAUACAGAGAUGUUUGUGUUGGAUGAUGAUUUACCUGCAAAUCUGGACGAGUUUCUCAAAAACACUCAAGAUCUGGAUCAGAUUCUACCACUAUCUAACAGUUCCAACAAUGAUUUACCUGCAGGAAACUUGAAUGAUCAUCAAGAGAUGGAUUUUGUCAACAACAAAAACACUGAAGACAAGGAACAGAAUCUGCUGGUUUCUGACAAUUUCAAUGAUGAUUUGCCUGCAGAAUACUUGGAUGAUGAAGAGAUGAAAGCACUUUUUGAAGGGUUGUUACCAGAUGAGUUUGACGACUUUGUUUAG